UAAAAACUGACAGCAUGUGAACCUUGGAAAACAACGUGGUCAGAAUGCUCCAGAUUAUAUUUUGAGUAAAGAAAUACAAGGACUCUUUCACUACAAAAAUAUGGUUCGCUAUUUCAUUGGAGAGAAAAAUAAACAAAUCUUUAGGUCAGAAUCUGACUUGGAACUUCCAUCAUGAAUGAGAAUACAACAAAUGAAGAGUGGGCAGAUGAAGAAAUAAUGCAGCAUGUAUUGGAACAAAGUCUACUAGAAAUUGGUAUACAGGAUCCUUGUUUGCCUUCUGUUGAAGUGGAGGAUUUAAGGUUCUUACCAAGUAAAGAGAACAGGAAGAUUGUCGAAGCAAUACAAACAGGUCAGGAAGCAGAUGUGCGCCAGCUGUCCAUUCAUUGCUCUGCAUUUAAUGAAGCUGAUGAUAGAGGCUGGCUUCCUCUGCAUGAAGCAGCAGUACAAUUAAAUCAGGCAAUUCUUGGAGCCACUUUUGAAGCUUCUCUUCCUAGUACGUGGGAGCAGAAAACCCUGAAGGGUGAAACCCCUCUCUUUUUGGCAGUUGAGUUGAAUCUUAUAGAUAAUGUGCAGUAUUUACUUGUGAAGGGCUGCGAACCCAAUGCCAAGGAUGAAGAGGGCAAUUCUCUUUUAAUAGCCGCUAUAAGAGAUGGAGAUCUUGAUGUUACCUCGCUGCUGUUACGUUUUGGGGCAGCUGUGAAUUUGGAAUGCAAUAAUAGGAGGACAGCCCUGCAUGAAGCUGCCAAUCUGGGUAGGAAGGAUUUAGUGGAUUUACUGAUUCAUGCUGGAGCCACAAUAGACCCCAGAAGUGCCUUUGGACUCACUCCACUAGCUCUUGCUGCACAGAAUGGACAUACAGAAGUGGUUAAAGUUUUACUCCAAAAAGGAGCUGAUGUCCUGUCUCAAGCUUCUGAUGGUGUCUCUGUGUUAUUUGAGGCUGCCACUGUUGCAAACUCAGAAUGCUUGGCACUCCUAUUAGAAUAUGGGGCUGAUGCCAAUGUUCCCAAAUAUUCUGGUCACCUGCCCAUUCACAGGGCAUCAUACAGAGGACAUUAUCAAUCACUGAAGCAGUUAAUUCCAGUUACAGAUUACUCUGCUAUUAUGGAGAGUGGGAUAAGUCCAGUGCAUUCAGCAGCAGCAGGUGGCCAGCAAGAAUGCCUCAAGUUGCUUCUGCAGUUCCACUUUGAUGUCAAUUUCAUGCUCAGUCACAGGCUUCGCAGAGGCUAUGAUGACCACAGAAAAUCUGCUCUCUAUUUUGCUGUAUCAAAUAAUGAUGUCCUCUCUGCUCGGCUCCUCCUGGAGGCUGGAGCAUUACCAAACCAAGAUCCCAUCAAUUGUCUCCAACUAGCUCUGAGACUAGGCAACUAUGAACUCAUGAACUUGCUUCUGCGUCAUGGAGCCAAUGUAAAUUACUAUUGCAAAGUGAACACAACUCACUUCCCAUCUGCUCUGCAGUAUGCAUUAAAUAACGAAGUUAUGUUGAGGAUGUUGUUCAGUUACGGGUACAACAUCCAUUGCUGCUUUGAUUGCCCACAUGAAAACAAAAUUCAUCCCCUGUUUUCCUCUGAAGGAUGGACACCAUCAGUCAUUAAGGACAACAUGUUUUGUGAAGUCAUUACAUUAAACUGGUUAAAACACCUAUCUGGGAAAGUGAUCCGUGUGAUGUUGGAUUAUGUAGCUCAUGUUCGUUUCUGCUCUAAACUGAAAACCACACUUGAACAACAAAUUGAAUGGCCAGAAAUCAGGCAUAUCAUGAAAAACCCACGUUCUUUGAAGCAUCUGUGCAGGCUGAAGAUCCGAAAAUGCAUGGGCCGGAUGAGGCUGAGGUGCCCUGUAUUUAUGACAUUCCUGACAUUGCCAAAUCGUCUUAAAGAAUACAUUCUUUUUAAAGAGUAUGACCUUUAUAAUGGGCAAGAAACCUGAUAUCUAUCUGAUAAUCCAUUUUUACAUUUUAAGGAUAACUUCAUAGGUCUGGAUAGAUUGAUGGAUCUGUGCUAUGCAAGAUUUUAAAAUGUAGUGAAGGUUACUGUCUUACUUGAUCAAUCCAUUAAAUGAAGAUACAUAAUGAA